AUCACUUUUGGGCGCGCCACACUCUGAAGGUGUGAUGAGGCAGUUUGUGAAUUCCGCUGCAUUUCCUGUGAGCUGUCAGAGGCCCUGUCAGUCAGUCAGUCAGUCAGUCAGUCAGUCAGUCCACAGACAGGACGGACAGCUCUCUAAAAUAUCUUCCCAGUCUCAUCUCACACCGCGGACACACGGAGAGCGCGUGUGGGCGCACUUUGUCCGUGUGUUUGUGUGUGUCCGUGUUAUGUCUGUGAGUGGAGUCCGGGACUUGUCAGAGCACUAAGUCAAAGAGUGGGGGAGCACGCACAAUGUGAGAGAGGAGUUGAGGGAAAGAGAUAGGCAAAGAGAAGGAGAGUGUGUGUGUGUGUGCGUGCGCGCGCGUGUGUGUGUGUGUGUGUGUGAGAGAGAGAGAGAAAGAGAGAGAGAGAGAGAGAGAGAGAGACCUCAGCAGAGAGGAGGAGGGGAGAGAGAGGGGAGGAGAGCUCCGUCUCUCCCGGUGCACUUGGCAGUCUAGUUGCGGGCUGCUGUGCUGUUGCUGUCGUGGCGUGGCUGGUCGCGCCAGGCGGGGAACUUCACCACACUGGAGCCCGGAGUCCCACUCUCUCACCUGCGCAGUUCGGAGCUGCCAUGGGUCUCUCGCCUGGAUUUACUGUCCUAAUUGUUCUACCGGCCUUUCUGCUGCACACAAGCGGCCUUUACAUCGCCAGUAGCGUUGACUCCCUGCAGCAUGUCCUGGGGGAGUAUGGACUGGUGAGGCCGAUCAGCGUGGAUGCAGAGGGCCGCUUUCUGUCGCACGCCGUCUCAUCCGGCCAAGUGGCAGGGGGGCAGCCCCGUAGGCGCCGGAGGAGGGAGGUAGGAGUAGGGGAGGACGAGUGGGAAGGACCAAGAGGAGAACCAGCAGCCUCUCUGGAUAGGCUUUACUACAACGUCACUAUCUUCGGCCGGGAGUUCCACCUGCGCUUGCGCCACAACCCCAGGCUGGUGGCCCCCGGAGCCAAGAUAGAGUGGCGCGAUGACAGUGACAGCACCCGGCACUCUGAGCCACUGCAUGAUGAAUGCUUGUACGUUGGUGACAUCACAGACACACCAGGAGCCACUGUGGCUAUCAGCAACUGUGACGGCCUGGCUGGUAUGAUCAGGGUGGAGCAGGAGGAGUUUUUCAUUGAACCGGUGGAGAGGGGCGAUGGAGUGAUAGAAGAGGAGGAGGAGGAGGGCAAAGGAGGAAGGACACACGUCGUGUAUCGCUCCUCGGCUGUAAAGAAAGCGCCCAUCAGCAGUGCAGCGGCAGACUACCACUCCAGAGGUGCUGAUCUGGGUGGUCUGAUGGACCUGGAGUCUCUGUACCUCGGUGUGGAGCAGAGCAUCAACCACACCCGAGCGGGCCGGAUGCGCAGACAGAGCAUGGACAGAGCCUACAACAUCGAGGUGCUGCUGGGCGUCGACGACUCGGUGGUCCAGUUUCACGGGAAGGAGCACGUCCAAAAGUACCUGCUCACACUCAUGAACAUAGUGAAUGAGAUAUACCAUGACCAGUCUUUGGGGGCCAAAAUCAAUGUGGUGCUAGUGCGGAUUAUCAUGCUCGGCUACGGCAAGUCCAUGAGUCUGAUUGAACUAGGGAACCCCUCUCAGAGUUUGGAGAAUGUGUGUCGCUGGGCCUUCCUGCAGCAGAAGCAGGACACGGGGGAUGCUGAGUAUCACGACCACGCCAUCUUCCUCACACGGCAAGAAUUUGGACCCACCGGCAUGCAGGGUUACGCCCCAGUGACGGGCAUGUGCCAUCCUGUCAGGAGCUGCACUUUAAAUCAUGAGGAUGGUUUCUCCUCUGCCUUUGUGGUUGCACACGAGACCGGACAUGUUUUGGGGAUGGAGCACGACGGCCAGGGGAAUCGCUGUGGAGACGAGGUGCACAUGGGCAGCAUCAUGGCGCCGCUUGUGCAAGCCGCCUUCCACCGCUUUCACUGGUCCAGAUGUAGCAUGCAAGAGCUGGGACGCUACCUGAACUCCUAUGACUGUCUCCGUGAUGACCCCUUUGACCACAACUGGCCGUCACUGCCUCAGCUCCCUGGUUUGCAUUAUUCCAUGAACGAACAGUGUCGCUUUGACUUCGGUGUGGGCUACACCAUGUGCACCGCGCUACAAAAGGCGGGCCAGUCAGGAACGCAGUAUCGCACAUUUGACCCAUGUAAGCAGUUGUGGUGUAGCCACCCAGACAAUCCCUUCUUCUGCAAGACCAAGAAAGGACCGCCCAUCGACGGCACCAUGUGUGGGAAUGGGAAGCAUUGCUUUAAAGGUCACUGCAUCUGGUUGACCCCUGAUAUUAUCAAGCAAGAUGGAAAUUGGGGCUCGUGGAGUGAGUUUGGACAAUGCUCCCACAGCUGUGGUGGAGGAGUACAGUUCCGCACGCGCGACUGUGACAAUCCAAGACCAGCCAACGGAGGCCGCACCUGCAUGGGAGCAAAUUAUCAGUUCCAGAUGUGCAACAUCAACGAAUGUGAAGACAUCUACAGCGACACGAGAGAGGAGCAAUGCCACGCGAUGGACCCUCGCUUUGAACUCCAUAGCAACAAGCACCACUGGUUGCCUUACGAACACUCAGACCCUAAUAAACGCUGCCACCUGCAUUGCCAGUCCAAGGAGACGCGGGAUGUGGUCUUUAUGCAGAGGAUGGUCCUGGACGGCACUCGCUGCUCAUACAAGGACCCCCAUAGUGUGUGUGUGCGGGGGGAGUGUGAGAAAGUGGGCUGUGACCGAGUGGUGGGCUCCUCUAAGCAGGAGGACAAGUGUGGAGUGUGUGGGGGAGACAACUCCAGCUGCAAAACCUUCAAAGACACCAUCACACGAACUGCCAAGAAACAAGGUUACCUCAAAGUUCUUGAAAUCCCCAGAGGAGCCAGACAUUUGCUGAUCCAAGAACUGAAAGCAACCUCACAUACUCUAGCUGUGAAAAACGUGGCGUCGGGACUGUUUUUCUUAAAUGGGGAAAAUGAAUACCCAGAAUCCCACUCGAUCAUAGAGAAAGGCGUGGAGUGGGAAUACGAAAAUGACAAUGACAAGGAGACUCUUCAGACCAGUGGUCCGCUCAGACAUGGAAUUCUAAUCAUGAUGAAAUUAUAUGGAGAUGAGGAUGUCAAUUUGUCCUAUAAGUACAUGAUGAACAUGGACAGUGACUCGGCCAUUCAAAACAACAUGCUGGUCGAGGACAGCGCCUAUGAGUGGGCUCCAAAGAAAUGGUCCUACUGCUCCAAGCCCUGUGGUGGAGGGAAGCAGUACCUGCGAUACGGCUGCAGAAGAAAGGUUGACAGCAAGAUGGUCCACAAGAGUUUCUGCAACAAAUCCAACAUGAAACCUCGUGGGGACACCAGAGAUUGCAACCAGAAGCCCUGCCCUCCACCUAUUUGGGUGACAGGGGAGUGGCAGAACUGCAGCAAGCCAUGUGGAAAGACAGGUAUGCAAAUCCGCUCAGUAAGCUGUGUCCAGCCUUCAGAUGACAACACCACACGCUCAAUCCACAAUAAACACUGCAAUGACGACCGGCCCGAGUCUCGUAGACCCUGCAACCGUCACCCCUGUCCCACCCAGUGGAGAGUUGGACCGUGGUCACAGUGCUCAGUGACAUGUGGAAAUGGGACCCAGCAGAGGCAGGCUCUCUGCCACACCAGGGACAACACCAUCGGCCUAUGUCUGGACAGUAAGCCUGACACCAUCAGAGUCUGCCGCAUGGAUCCAUGUCCCAAGGGCUCAUCCGACCUAAACAAAAACGGCAACAUCCUGAUCCAGUGGCUCUCCCGCCCCAACCCAAACUUCCCGAAGAUCUCCUCACGCCAGCGUUGUCAUGGAGACCGCUCAAUGUUCUGUCGUAUGGAGGUGCUAAAGCGCUACUGCUCUCUACCGGACUACCAGCGCAUGUGCUGCAAGUCCUGCAGCAAUAUCACCAUUAAAGAGCCACUACCCGAUCCUACCUCCAGAUCCACACCUAUCACCUCCAUUGGGCCCAGUGUUACAGCUCCUCCAACCACUGGCACCAUCAGCUCUGGCUUCACCACCAUCCAACCAACUGAAGUUGUCAUCAACACCUCCCUAACCUCUACCAUUAACCACUGGGAUACCACUCAUCCACCUACCACUGCUGGUCCUCAUUCCACCCUUUCCCCACUUGGUGCUACACAAAUGAUCACUUCUCAUCUUCCACCUGCCACCAGUGUGUCUGUCUUUUCCACCACCUUUCCAGUGGCAACCACAUCUGUUAUUACAGCCAUUCCUAAUGUUACAGCUCAUCCCUUGCCCUUGCCCUCCCCAGACACAAAUGAGAGCACAGUUCAAAAGUUACAGAGCUCUACAAAUAGUCCAACUACAUCUGGUAUGAUCACUAGCACACAGCUUCCAACAACGAUCACUCCAACUUUGACAAGUCCAACAGAAAGUAAUACAAAAACAGACGCCCCCCUUAAAUCAAAGCCUAAAAAGAAUAAUUUGUCAAAGAAACCACCAAAAAGGGUGAUUAUACCAAAGAUCAAUCCAAAAAAGAAUACUGCCCCAAGAAAUACUACAAGAACAGAUUUCCCACCAAAAAUCAAUCCCAAAAAGAAAACAAACACCAGUCCUAAAAAGUCUACUACAGAAAAAACUCCAUCAAAAAAGGUUACUCCAGUAAAAACCAACCCCAAAAAGACUACUACAGCAAACACCACCCCCAAAAAGACUACUACAGCAAACACCACCCCCAAAAAGACUACUACAGCAAACACCACCCCCAAAAAGACUACUACAGCAAAUACCACCCCAAAAAAGAUCCCCCCUGUAAAGAAGCCUCCUAAAAAGACUACCCCAGUUAAAACGAGUCCCAAAAAGACCAUUACGGUAAAGAUUCCUCCCAAAAAGACUACUCCAGCAGGCUCCAAACCCAAAAACACCCCCUCUGUAAAGACCACUGUCAAAAAGACUCCUCAACUGAAGACUUCUUCUGUGAUAAAACCCAAACCCCCACCCAAAAAGAAGGCUCCACCAAUGGCCAAUCCAAAAAAGAAAAUUAAGCAUACUACAAAAAUUACCAAGACUGAUCCCCCAAAGAAGAACCCUGAGACAAAGAUUAAUAAUAAGUUUAAGGUGAUAAAGAGUUACCCAAAAAAGAAGACCUUUACAACGUCUUCAUAUUAUAACAUAACUCUCACUCCAUAUCCAAGUCAACUGAGAGACAUUAUUUCUUCCACUGUUCCUACCAGCACAAGCAUACACGAAACAGCUACGGAUAUGACUUUUCCAGAAUCCAGAAUCAAUGUCACAUUCAUCAGUAACAACACGGCUACUACAGCUGAACCUCCACUUUGGUAUCAUGAUGCUUUAGAAACAACACCCAGCACUUAUGAAGAUGUCUUAACAACGACUGCAACAGUUCAUUCAGACGAAGUCAAUAUUCCUAGUGGAACCAUGUCGUACAAUGAUGUGACAAGCAGUGGUGAUGUCACAAUGACCAGUGGGGCCUUGCUUAGCGGCGACGACAUCACUGUGUCCUACAGCAAUGGUGGCAUUAUCAGUGACACCAUGGUGCUAGACGAUGGACUCACCAUCGUGAUCCCAACCAUCACUAGUGAGGAUAUGACAGACCUUUCUUCCUCGCCCUGGUUAGACUUGUCCGAGUACAUCCCUGUUGGCAGCCCUGUUCCAACAACGACCGAAGACCCUCCAACAGCCCCACCUCCCACCACCAUCUUUACAACAACAGAAAAACCGACCAUCACAACCAUCACAGCCUCUACGCUAAAAACUGAGGAGAAGGGUGAGAACAAUUCCAUUGAUGUCGUAUACCACAGGAUCAUCGGCGUAGACAACGACAUAUCCCAGAAUAAUCUGAUCCCAAAGCGCAGGGUUAACCUUAGGGAGAGAACCAGAAACAAACGCAUUCAGGAGCUCCUGGAGGAAAAGCGGAACUUUCUCCUCAGGAUGAAGAGAGGCCAUACAGCAAUAUAGACUAAGCCUUCUCGUUUCUCUUAUAGAGAUGAACAUUUUCUUACAGACUUUUUUAAGCCUUGUCUAAUCCUCCAGGAAGUUUUCUGUCCGGCCUCUGCACACAAAACCUGUCUGACAUAUCAAUAUGUAGAGUUAGAAGUGUGUCAGUGAGAGAAUAUCAUGGCCAGUUGUUUUCACAGUUGCUUUGAAUUAAGAAAAGCCCUUAAGAGUUUCCACUGUUGCAGAUUUGAAGCAAAUUGCCUCGCCUGUAAAAUCAAAAUGACUAACAGAAGGAAUAGUGUGCAUCCAGUUUGACCAGCACUUUACAACGCUUAACCACACAGUUUUGUUUGAGGAUUCAACAAUGAUUAAGAUAAGGUGUAAUGUAGUUUGUUAAAUGUUGUUAUCCCUAAUGGCACUUAUGGAGCAACAAAAUCUAUCACCAAGAAUCCUAAUCUCCAUCUCCGUAUUGUAUGACAGCCCAGGACUGCAGCUCAUUUCUCCAUUAGUAGAUGUUAAUACUUCUCAGCCCUUCAUAAAGCUGCUGUAGGACAAAAUUCAUAUGUAUCCUUGUGCCCUACACUUUGACUACCAUUUAAGCACUGCUAAGUGGAGCAUUUGUAGGUCUGUCAGCAAUAUGGUAAUGCUAUACAAUCAGAAAGUCAGAGUUUCCUUUUGUGUAAUUGAUUGUGAAAGUUUACACUGCCUUGUAUGUGUUGCCUUUUCCAAAGCAAAUUCAAGAUUCAAGAUUUUUAUUUGUCACAUGCUCAUACAGAUGUGCAGUGAAAUGUAAAGACUGUUCCGCAAGGCCAUGCAAUAAACACUCAAAUUACUAAU